UUUAUCUAAUUUCGAAAGGAUAAUAUUCACGGAAGCAAAGGCUAUAGUAGAUGAGCAGUGUAUGACGCAUACAUAGCCCAUAUACAGGCAUGGUGCAGUGAAACGAUUAACAUAGCUUGUAUGUAGGUGAUGGAGUGUUGGCAUUGUCUGGACCAGCUAUAGUGGACCGGAAGAAAAGGAAUGAGUUCCUCAAGGAGAUGUUGUUUUGGGAUCCUGAUAGCGCUCUUGACCAAAGUAUCUUCAAUUUGUGGCGAUGCAUCGACAAGUGCUCUGCAUCCAAAUGGCCGAGUGAAGACGCCAACAUUUGCUGGCGAGUAUCCGUUUGUGGGUAGCUUGGAGCUUGUGUCCAGUGACAGUGCUCAGCUCCUCUGUGUUGUCACGGCCAUUACAGAGAAAUGGGUGCUCACUGUGCAUUCCUGCUUCUCUAUCCUACUGCAUGACAACGAGCUAAACCUAACAGUAUCGUUGCUGAAAGAUGCAGGUGGCAAAGUCAAAAUUCCGAACUUUCACUUGGGCAAGACAGACAUCGGAGAGAAAACUAUCGACGUGGACAGCAUUUUAUUGGGUCCGCAACUCGGCGAGGAUCGACUGGUCCUGAUGCGCUUGACCACGCCCAUCUCCAAACAGCUGAUCAGUAAGGUACAGCUGGGAACCAAGGUCACCCAACCUCAUGCCACGUGCAUUAACGUGGGCUGGUCUCCCGUUCUCUAUCCUGGUGCAGAAGUUUUAAUGUCGGACCCCGAACUACAGCAUGUCAGCCAGAAUGUGUCUGUAAGCCCCGCUAAUACAACGGUGACUGCAGAAAUCAAGGGUCACGUGGUCUGGGGGAAAACACCUCAGACUGAUCCAUCUCAUGAUAUAUGUAAGUUCGAGAGAGGAAGCCCACUUCUGUGUCAGGACGGCGGUUCCACCUGGAACCUGAUGGGCGUGGCCGGUAACGUUGGUGACCCAGAGAGUGACAUGGAAUGCUCCUCCCCUGAGGCCUAUGCUCAGUAUAUAUUAAUUACACCUUAUGUAAAAUGGAUUUUAUCGCAAAUACGGAAAACUGACAACCCGAAAGAAGCUAGUUAGAAAGAGUGGUAAGGUAAUUAAUUAAAUUAACUAAAGCUAAAAUUAGUUUAACAGUUAAUCCUGAGUAUCAUGAUCCUUGUAUAUUACAGUCAGAACUUGUGAUAUAUUAUACAUAAAGCAUUGCUACAUAUGUUUCCUAUCGUAAGAGUUGUUCAUAACACUGGAAAUCAGUUUAUGUUUCGUCU